GUUAAUUUUAAGGAACUUCCUUGUUCUACUGUGUGCGUGGUCCCAAGCAAAUCAGCUUGCGAGAAUGUGAGGUUUGCAUUUACUGAUCGAGAAUAUGGAUCACAUUAUAUGCCGCUAUUUGACCUUAGGGAUUUUGAGUGGAAGAGAACCAUCAAGAAGCCAUUCUUCAACAUAUUCAACAGCAAAGCCAAAGAUUUUGAAGCAUAUGGGAUGAAAGUUGUGUUGCCAUAUGAAGGAGACGAUAUAGUGAAAGCACCACCUCCCUUAUCGAAACACGGACCAGCAUACGCUUUAUUGUUGGAAUGGAAUGGUGGAGAAUCGGAUGUUUACAAAGGAAUGAAAAUCAGUGUAGAUUAGACAUUAGCCGUGAAAAUAAACUCCAAAUCAACCUUGCGUGGUCUAGAGUUUGAUUCCCCAAGCGGUCGAGUGCUGAAGUCUGUCCUAGACAGUCUGCCAUAUUUCUUAGCUGUUGGCUCCUACAAAGAUCCUCUUUCUGAAGAACACCCAGACUACUUUAAGAAGGAGGAGGAACAGUACCCUGGAUUGCGGCCGAUUAAUUUCGUAUUGCGCUGUUCUCAAUCGUCUUUUGAGCAGUUGCUGUUUGUUCAAGAAUUUGGCUCGAACAGUGGCCAAAGCAAAU